AUGUCGCGUUCGUGCAGACGCAGGUACAACAGCGGGGACCUGGUGUUCGCCAAACUGAAGGGCUACGCCCACUGGCCGGCCAGGAUAGAGCACAUGGCCUCGCCCAACCGGUACCAGGUGUUUUUCUUCGGGACCCAUGAGACGGCCUUCCUGGGCCCCAAGCAGCUGUUCCCGUACGCCGAGUCCAAGGAGAAGUUCGGCAAGGCCAACCGGCGGCGCGGCUUCAGCAGGGGGCUGUGGGAGAUCGAGAACCACCCGACCGUCAAGGCCGGCGGCUACCAGGGCGCGCCCGGGGAGAGCUGCGGGGACCGGCCCCCGCCGCAGGCCGAGGCCGCCGAGGGCGACGCGGCACCGCAGAGCAGCGCCGAGGGCAGCGGCGACGAGCCGGGGAAGCCUGUGGCCGAGGAGCCCGCCGUGGAGGAGAAGGGGCCGCUGAAGAGGAGCGCGGGGGACCUGCCGGGGGACGCCCCCAAACGGCCCAAGGAAGCUGUCCCCGAAGGGCGGGAGGCGGCGGCAGCGGCGGCCGGCGACGGUGACAGGCCGCUCCUCGUGACGAUGGAGAACGGCCGCGGCCCUGCGGCGCCCGGCCCUGCCUGCGGGCCGCCCCCGGAGCAGGAGCGGGAGGAAGAGGCCGCCGAGAAGGAGGCCGAGGCCCCGGGCGGCGGAGAGGGCCACAGCCUGUAG